AUGGGUUCUGGUUAUGGUGAAGUCGUUGCUAACCUGUUCCAAAAAUGUUGUUACACCCCAUCCCAACUUGUGUUCGAUCAGGAAAUGAAAACUCUCAUCAAGGAUGGUGGUACAAUAAUUCAUAAAUAUUUGCAAAACACACCCAAAGAAAACUGGUCCAAUGCACACUUCAGGGGGAAAAUAUAUGGUAAGAUGUGCUCUAAUAUUGCAGAAUCCUUCAAUUCUUCGAUUUUGGAUGAACGCAAGAUGCCAACUUACCAAAUGAUUGAUAACAUACGUGUGAAGUUGAUGGAGAUGAGUUCUGAUAGGCAACGUGAAGCCGAAAUAUGGACCCCACCAAUAUGCCCAACAAUGGAUGACGAAAUGAUGAAAAUGGUUGAAGUUGGAAGACAUUGGAACGUGUGUCGUUCAACUAUUUUGAAAGAUGGAGGUAACCCAUAUGAUUAUGUCGAAGAUUAUUUCACAACAGAUUUCUAUAAGUCUUCUUAUUCAUAUCCCAUCAUUCCUGUACUUGAUAUUGAAAAGGAUGAACAAUCUAUGAGUCAGGAGUUUGUGAUAGAACCCCCAUUGACAAAGAGGCCCCCAGAUAGACCAAAAGUUAAAAGACUAAAAUCUAUUGGGGAAGAAACACGCAACAACCGGAAAACUUGA